AGACAGCAUUCCUAAAGGGAGGAGGACCUCUCCUUGGAACAAUUUCAAGCUGGAGAGCAUGAGAGAGAGAAAGAGGCAUCUUUGUCCUUCCCAGCCUUUAAGCAGAAGCUUUGGGUCCAUGGGAGCGGUGUGUGGGCGAAAGUGAUUAAGGGGAUACCUUUGCUACUUUGGAGAAAAGGAGUCUUGAGACCUGGGCUCCUCCUCGCUUCAGGGAAAAGAGAAGGUGGAGGGGGAGAAGGAAGGGAGACCGAACAGAGGCCAGGAUUAUGUAUGUGAGCUCUCUGCUUCUGGUGCUCAUGGCUAGGGGACUGGCGAGGAGCUGUCCAGCACCCUGUUCUUGCUGGAAUAAAGCAUUGGACUGUAGCCAGAAGGAUUUGGUUGUGGCUCCCUCUGGGCUGCCACUGCACAUUACCAAUCUCAGCCUGGCCCACAAUAAGGUGCUCGCCAUUCCCCUGGGUUACUUCGCCUGCUAUACCGAACUAAUGUUCCUGGACCUGCGGAACAACUCCCUCACCGACCUGCCCAACGGCCUCUUCGUUCCCCUCCAGAAGCUGACCCACCUCGACCUGAGCUACAACAACCUCAGCCAAGUGACCCGGGACCUGUUGAGGCCCACCCACAACCUGGUGAGGUUGCUCCUCAGCCACAACCCCGGGCUGUCCGUCAUCGCCCCCCAGGCCCUCUCUGGCUUGCCCCGUCUCCAGCACCUGGACCUCAGCUACAAUGGCCUCACCUUCAUCGGCCAGGACCUCUUCGACAGCAUCCCGGCCACUGCGUCCAUCCGACUGGCCGGGAACCCCUGGUUCUGUGGCUGCUCCAUGGAGCCUCUUCUCAAAUGGGUGAACAGGAAUCUCCACCAGUGCAACUCCGAUUCCAGGGAAGUGGAGUGUGCUGGUCCAGCGGAGGUCAAAGGUAUUCCGCUCUUCACCUUGACUGAAGAGAGCUUUAAAGCUUGCCGCUUCUCUUUGACUUUGGAUGACUAUCUCUUCAUUGCCUUUGUUGGCUUCAUUGUGUCCAUUGCCUCAGUUGCCACAAACUUCCUCCUAGGAAUAACCGCCAACUGCUGCCACCGCUGGAACAAGGCGAGUGAAGAGGAAGAGAUGUGACCCUUCGCGGACUAACCAACAACUGCAAGCUGCAAGGAAGAUCAGAUUUUGGCUCCUCAUAUUCAGCCCACAAGAGGGAAGAGCGAGGGAGGAGAAGCUGGAGCGAGAUCUCGGCAAAGACAAGACUGCAAAGCGUUUUGUCAGGAGAAGAGCCCAGGUUCAUGAAGAAACCAACUUUUCCUUUUAUAUUCUUGCUGCCUUUGGCAUGAAAGGCAUGUGAGGAAGCUAUGAAUUUGACUCCGUGAGUCGUGACACUCUGAGCGACGCUAGUGAAGAAAACGGAGCACUUGGGCACUGUUGGAGCUAGUGAUUUGAAGAAGCUCAGGUUGUGGUUGGACUGGGUAGUUGCUUCUGUUGGGCCACCAGUCUUUGCCAGUAUUGGAACAGAAUGGUGUUGAAAAAGAGAGUCAAGUUCCUUGACAUUAUUGCCAUUGGUACUGGAGAGCUAAGUCUUAUUCAUUGUGCUGAAUCUACAACUGAAGGUCAGGGUACUAAUGUUAAUUCCAGAUUGUUCAAUUGUCAUCGCUGCCUCAAUUGUCAAGCAAGGAAGACAGGGGAUGAAUCUACCAAUUAAUCAAAUUAAUCUUAAUAGGGUUUUAAUGCUCAAAAGUGACUGAAACUUUAUCAUUUCCAAAUUCACCUGAGAAAGAGGACCCUGAAUCUUUCACAUAUUUUACAGUCCAAUAUAAGGAAUCAAGGAAGAUCAGUUUAAAGUCUUUCCAACAAGAGAAGACCAGAGCAGAGCCCUACGCAUUGAAGGGGAAAGAAGACCAAAGCAAAUUCUUCAUUUGUAAUUAGCGCUGGGUAAAAGAGGGGGAGGAGGGCGAUGUUUAAUUCUGAGUUAAGUUUUGGCAUCAACCCAAAUGGAGCCCCCAUGAGAACUCUACAAACGAGACUGCUACAUGAAGAAGAGGGCCAGGAUUUGAACAUUUGACUUUGCAUCAUAUGUCCGAGCUAGAGUGCGGAACAAACUUAUUACCUGGACUUAAUGAGGCUGUACAGCUCAGAAACUGGACAUUCGAUCCAACUGGUCAUGUGCUAGUCUUCAUGCUCCAUAUGAGCCUCCUCCCACCUCUACUUCAUUUCACCCUAUCAGUUGGUGGGAAAGUUUAAUAAUCUGUAUGGGAGGUUUUAGAAGGUAUGUGCAUCUUGUACAUAGCUAACUGUGGGUGGUAUAGCUCUCUAUAAAUAGUUGAUGAUCAGUUCUGAAUUGCCUUUAACUCUAUGAUGUUGACUGAUAGAAAAAGCUAUUUGUCAAUACAGUUUUUGUCAAAUUAAAAUUUGAGAAACCGAGGAAUUCGUGAUGAGGGAAGAGAUGAUGAUAUUAAAAACAAUUUUAAUAGAAUAUAACUCGGUGUUGCCCUUAACUCUACAGGCACCUGGCCGUUAAUUUGACUUAAUCUGACACUUCCCUAUAGCCAACUGAGUUUUAAAUGUUUUAUAAAAUUAGAGAGCCUGGUAUCUGUUUGGCUGUUUAGAGAGAAGAGUGGAGUGGGAUUGAAAUGCAACUUUUCAAAAUAGAAUCGGGUAAGGAUGGCAAUGCCAAAAUUGGCACACGAAUGUUAAUCAGCCUGAGAAAGUGUGACAGCUAGAUCAACAUUGCAAAGCACUCCACUCCAGCUUCAACAAUAACUUACAUUUAA